UCCUCGACCGCCGCCGUGAGUACACAUCUGCCUCUGUCUUAUCCACUUGGGCUGGACGGUAGAGCAAAGGUCUCGCUUCAGCAGGUCGGCGUUCAAUCCCCGACCGUCCGAGUGAUGUUGCCAAUUUUCCUCCUGGCUCUUGCGGCCUUGUGCUCGGCGGAUACUCCAGGGAACUGCAUGUUUGAGGACAUCGAAGGUACUUGGACCUUCUCGGAGACGGAGCGGACGGGGGACAACACCAUCAGCUGUGACGAGCUGGGCCCCAUCGUCCACACCAAGACCUUCACCCUCAGCUUCCCCAACACUGUCAACGAUGAGCUGGGCAACCACGGAACUUGGACCCUGAUCUACAACCAGGGCUUCGAGGUGAACAUCAACGAGCGGUCGUACUUCGCCUUCUCCUACUUCGAGGGUGACUUCUUCUCCGCAACUUCUUACUGCGACCGCACCUUCAAUGGCUGGUCGCGCGACCGAACAGUCAGGAACUGGUCGUGCUUCACCGCCCAGAAGAACACACAGGUGGCGCCUCGCGUGAGUCAGAGACCCGUACAGAGAGACCUCGACCAUUUCUUCAGCAACGACUACAGCCUCAUCGAGCAGAUCAACGCCGCCCAGAGCUCGUGGACAGCUAAAGCGUAUCCCGAGUUCGAGAUGUACACGAGAGAGGAGAUGCAGCGGCGGGCCGGUGGGCUGCGAUCUCCCGGCUUCGUGAGGCCUCGUCCGGCCCCCGCUACCGCAGAACAGAAGGCUCGGGCUGCUCUUCUCCCGGAGAGCUUCGACUGGCGUGACGUGGAUGGUGUGAACUAUGUGUCACCCGUGAGGGACCAGGGCGGCUGCGGCUCCUGUUUUGCAUUCGCCUCCAUGGCCAAUCUUGAAGCCCAGUUGAGGAUCGCCACCCGCAACGAGCGGCAGGAUAUCUUCUCCCCUCAGGACGUGGUGUCGUGUUCCUACCUGGCUCAAGGAUGUGAUGGGGGCUUCGACUACCUGAUCGCCGGCCGUUAUGCCCAGGACCAGGGCGUCGUUGCUGAGGAGUGCAACACCUACGUAGGCGUAGACAGCCAGUGCUCCACAUCCGAGUCCUGCUCUCGUACUUACGUCAGUGAGUAUGUACACGUUGGAGGCUACUACGGUGCCUGCAACGAGGAGGUCAUGCUGGAGACCCUCGUCAACACUGGACCCAUCUCGGUGUCCUUCGAAGUUUACUCUGACUUUAGUUUCUACAGCGGCGGCAUCUACCACCACCUCGAUCUCAAGAACGACUUCAACCCCUUCGAGAUCACCAACCACGUGGUGCUGGUGGUGGGCUACGGGGUGGAGGAGACCACGGGCGAGAAGUUCUGGACGGUGAAGAACUCUUGGGGCGCUGACUGGGGCGAGGACGGCUUCUUCAGGAUCAGGCGAGGCACGGACGAAUGUGCCUUGGAGUCCAUGGCUGUUCAAGUCACCGUAAUACCUUGAGAAGGUGCCCAAGAAAAGAAAGCAACAUCGAAUAUAAUAGUAUGAGAAGAAUACUUAGAACAGUAAAAUAAAAUAUUAAAA